UUUGAUUUAGGACUAUAUAAUAUUUUGCAUUAGGGGUUGCAAUAAGGUGCAGGUACUCCCUCUGUUGGUCGAAUCUAAGAAUAGCAACCAGAUACACCAAACGUUUGCUGAGGUGAUAUUUUGAUCGUUGUCAUUGCACAACCUUUCAUGUCUACCAAGCGGUGAUACCGAAAGUUGCGCAACAUCCAUAGAUUAGGAAAGACGUCGCACGAAACGAAACCAUGAUGCAUGUGUGUCACGCGUUUUUGUCUUUACGACUCUGUCAUCAAUUGGUAUGAGUACAUGCAAUGUCAUAAUUCAUUGCACAACAGUAAACAAAGUAGAUGUCGGCCUACAAUCAAACGCAUGGACGUGAAUGCAAAUUAGUGUCGGACUGGUCUCAUUGCAGCUUCUUCAUCACUUUAAGGUAAUCGUCCGUCAGAGAGAACAGCAGUCAGCUGUCCCCCGAGUGACACGCCCAUCCAGCCAACCUCUUCACAGGACUGCUUUUAGUGAGCCGCUCACAAGCUCCGCGGCGCACAGUAGGAAAAGCAGAAGUGAGCGCGGAAGAACAACAAGUUUGCCACGGACCAUGUUGUUCACGAUACUCUUGCUGUUGAUUACAAUUCUAGCGCUUUUGUUGCGCUACAGCGGUCGCUCAAGUAGGGACAAUGAACCUCCGCUUGAUAAGGGCCUUAUCCCCUGGCUUGGACAUGCCCUGGAGUUUGGAAAAGAUGCUGCAAAGUUUCUCGCACGGAUGAAAAACAAACACGGCGAUAUUUUCACAGUAUGCGUGGCUGGCCAGUACAUCACCGUGUUGCUGGACCCAAACAGCUACGAUGAUGUGCUGUAUGACACCGACUCUUUCGACUCCAGACGCAGCAAAGGGCUCCUGAUGGAAAAAGUAUUUUCUCUGGUGCUCCCCAGCGAUAACCCAGAGAAAGAGAGGAAAUGGAUGGAAGGCCAUUUUCAAGGUGUGGGUCUGGAUAAACUGCAGUCGUCCAUGGACAGCCAUCUGCGUGACCUUCUUCUGGCGGACCAGAGAGGCUGCGGUACAGCCCAGUGGAGAGAGGAGGGGCUGUUUGACCUCUGCUACGGACUACUCUUCAGGGCUGGCUACCUGACCAUGUUCACCAGGGACGAAAACGCUGACGCCGUCUACAAACAGUUCCGCAACUUUGACAAACUUCUCCCCAAGCUGGCACGCUCCUCCCUCAAGGGAGAGGAUAAGAAGUCCGUCACCUCUUCCCAGGAGUCUCUAUGGCAACUGUUGGCUCCUGCAUUGCUGGAAGGAGGGCGUGACGCAGGCUGCUGGCAGGAGAGCUACCAGCGGUAUCUGGGCGAGGCAGGGGUUGACGCCGAGACCCAGAGGAAGGCAUUGCUGAUGCACCUAUGGACCACCCAGUGUAAUGCCGGUCCCGCCGCCUUCUGGUCGCUGGCUCUCCUGCUCCGUCACCCCGAGGCCAUGCAAGCGGUGCUGGCGGAGGUGAGGGGAGUGAUGCAUGAGCACUCCCUACAUCACCCCACUCAUGAGCGGCUAGUCACUCACAACACACCUGUGUUUGAUAGCGUUCUGAGGGAAACUCUGCGGCUGACUGCGGCAGCGUUCAUCUCCAGGGAGGUCAUGGCGGACGGCAAGAAGCUGGGAGUGAGCGGAGGCCUGGAGUACUGCCUGAGAAAAGGGGACAAAGUGCUCCUCUUUCCAUUCCUAUGUCCCCAGAUGGACCCGGAGAUACACCAGCAGCCAGAGAGUUUUAGGUACAAACGCUUCCUGAACGACGACAUGAGUGAGAAGCGGAUCUUCUACAAGGGCGGGAUCCGUGUAACGCACUACAACAUGCCGUGGGGAGCGGAGCGCAAAGGCUGCGUGGGGAAGCAGUUUGCUAUUAGCACCGUUAAAAUGUUUGUGUUCACGGUGCUCAGACAUCUCGAGCUGGAGAUGUGUGAGCCCAGCGACCCUCUGCCUCAGUUCAACCCUCAGCGCUACGGCUUUGGAAUGCUCCAGCCCAUCGGAGACCUGCAGGUCCGCUACAGAUUCAAGAGGAAUUGACAUGGUUCCAGAUGUCACAAUCCCUCUCUCUCUCACUCUCUAUCUCUCUCAGUCGCUCUCUCUCUCUCUCUCUCUCUCUCUCUCUCUCUCUCUCUCUCUCUCUCUCUCUCUCUCUCUCUCUCUCUCUCUCUCUCUCUCUCUCUCUCUCUCUAGAUUACAUUAGUUUAGAUUAGAUUUAUUUAUUGACCUUGUUCAACAGAGUUAACAACGAAAUUAUGUUUAGAGCAUCACCACCACCACUGGCAUACAAGUACAUGAUAGCAUACAUAACCCACUAUAAAGAUAGAUCCCCCAUAUGCUAAAGUAUAUAAAUAUCUUAAUAAUAAAUAAUAAUAACAACAACCCAAAAGUUAAACCCUGAGGGGUCCCGGUGUUCAUGGGCAGGGUGGGGGAGACGUGCUUGCCAAUCCUGACAUGUUGUGUGCGGUGUGUUAGAAAGUCCAAAAUGCAGUUGCCUAACGUGGUGUUCAGGCCAAGUUUGUGUAGUUUGCUGUGUAGCUCUCUCUCUCUCUCUCUCUCUCUCUCUCUCUCUCUCUCUCUCUCUCUCUCUCUCUCUCUCUCUCUCUCUCUCUCUCACCCUCCCUCUUUUAUUUUUUUUAGAUUCUUUUAUCAUUUCGUUAAGGCCAAUAGCUACGAUGCAAUUGUAAUUUGUAAUUUUGUAAUUUUGUAAUUUGUUAUUUUGUAAUUUUUGUAUGAUGAACUUUGUAUGAUACUUAUUUAUUUUAUUUGAA